GGGCGUGCGGCGUCGGCGUCAUGGCGGCCUCCGGGCUGGGCUGUGCCUGGGUGUCCUCGCGGCUCGGUGGCCUUGGCCUGGGCCGCCGACGGUCACCCCGAGAUCUAGGCGCCCGCGUGCGGCGACUCCCCGGGCCAGCCGUGUCGGGGCGGAACGUGGCGGUGGCCAGCGGAGCGGGCGCCGCAGGCUCUGAGCACUACUGCCUGGAGCUGCUGCGGAAACGAGAUUAUGAAGGUUAUCUCUGCUCCCUGCUGCUCCCUGCAAAAUCCCGAAGUUCUGCUUUUGCACUGAGGGCCUUCAAUGUGGAGCUGGCUCAGGUUAAGGACUCAAUCUCUGAGAAAGCAAUUGGACUGAUGCGAAUGCAGUUCUGGAAAAAGACUGUUGAAGAUAUAUACCAUGACAAUCCACCACCUCAACCUGUGGCCAUUGAACUGUGGAAGGCUGUCAAAAGACAUAAUCUGACUAAAAGAUGGCUUAUGAAUAUCAUUGAUGAAAGAGAAAAAAAUUUGGAUGACAAAGCAUAUCGGAAUAUCCAGGAACUAGAGAACUAUGCUGAAAACACCCAGAGUGCUCUUCUUUAUUUGAUUCUGGAAACGUUGGGUGUAAAGGAUCUUCAUGCAGAUCACGCCGCAAGUCACAUUGGAAAAGCGCAAGGAAUUGUCACUUGCCUGCGAGCCACGCCCUACCACGGCAGCAGAAGAAAGGUGUUUCUCCCCAUGGAUAUCUGCAUGCUGCAUGGUGUUUCACAAGAGGAUGUUCUACGGAGGAGCCAAGAUAAAAAUGUGAGAGAUGUGAUAUAUGACAUUGCCAGCCAGGCACACUUGCACUUAAAGCAUGCUAGAUCCUUCCACAGAAGUGUUCCUGUGAAAGCCUUUCCUGCCUUUCUUCAGACGGUUUCUCUAGAGGAUUAUUUAAAGAAAAUUCAGCGAGUAGAUUUUGAUAUAUUCCACCCGUCUUUACAGCAGAAGAAUGCAUUACUUCCAUUGUCUUUAUAUAUUCAUUCAUGGAGAAAAACAUAUUAAAAUAAUUUUCAUAACAACUGA